GAACGAGAAGUGAUGGACCAAACUAACUACCGCAAGUCUUUAAGACUCUUUUUCUCUUUUUAUUCAGAGAGUUCAGACCAUAACGCACAUCUUCUUCUUGUCUGAAUCUCAAAAGUUUUCUCAACACGGCACAGAAAAAAACCCUCGGAGAUGACGGACGGUAAACCUAAAAAUCUGAAUAUUGUCAUGUUUCCUUUCAUGGCACAAGGCCAUACCAUCCCUUUUGUUUCUUUAGCCCUACGUUUAGAGAAGAUGAUCAAGAAAAACAAGAAAAACAGAGAAGACAACGUUAUCAUCUCUCUGGUCAACACUCCUUUAAACAUCCCCAAGCUACGCUCAAAACUCCCUCCUGAUUCCUCCAUAAAACUCGUCGAGCUACCUUUCAACAGCUCUGAUCACGGCCUCCCUCACGACGCCGAGAAUUUCGAUUCUCUCCCUUACUCUCUCGUCAUCAGCCUCUUAGAAGCUUCAAGAUCGCUCCGUGACCCCUUUCGAGACCUCAUCGAGAAGAUCUUGAAAGAAGGUGAUGAUGUUAUGGUCGUUGGAGACUUCUUCUUGGGUUGGAUCGGUAAGGUUUGCAAAGAGGUUUGUGUUUCUUCGUUUAUCUUUAGCGCUUCUGGUGCUUUUGGACUAGGUUGUUAUAGAUCCAUAUGGCUUCACUUACCACAUAAAGAAACCGAACAAGGUAAGUUUCUAUUACAUGAUUUUCAAGAAGCAGGGGAGAUAGAGAGAACUCAGUUGAACUACUUCAUGUUAGAAGCUGAUGGAACAGAUGACUGGUCGGUUUUCAUGAAGAAAAAUCUGCCGGGAUGGUCUGAUUUCGACGGAUUCUUGUUCAAUACGGUUGAGGAAAUCGAUCAUAUUGGUUUGUCUUACUUUCGUAAAAUAACCGGUGGUAAACCGGUUUGGACGGUCGGACCGGUUUUACCUGAAGCUGGCUCGAGGUCGACAGAGGAAAGUGUGAAGGCAUGGCUUGACUCAAAACCGGACCAUUCGGUGGUCUACGUGUGUUUUGGUUCGAUGAACUCUAUUUCUCAAACUCACAUGUUGGAGUUGGCUAAGGCGUUAGAGAGUAGCGAGAAGAACUUCAUAUGGGUCGUGCGGCCACCAAUGGGCGUGGAGGCUAAUAAAGACUUUGAUGUGAAAGAUUAUUUACCGAAAGGAUUUGAAGAAAGAAUCAAGAAAUCAAGAAGAGGAGUGAUUGUGAAGAAAUGGGCACCACAGGUUGAUAUAUUGUCACACAAGGCAUCAUGUGUGUUUUUGAGUCAUUGUGGUUGGAACUCUAUACUCGAAUCGCUUAGCUAUGGUGUGCCAUUGCUAGGAUGGCCUAUGGCUGGCGAGCAGUUCUUUAAUUCUAUAUUGAUGGAGAAACAUGUUGGUGUAUCGGUUGAGGUGGCGCGUGGGAAGAGAUGUGAUAUCAAAUGUGAUGAGAUUGUUGCUAAGAUCAGGUUGGUGAUGGAGGAGGAGAGUGAAGUUAGGAAGAAGGCUAGAGAGGUGAAGGAACUAGUGAGGAGAGCGAUGGAUGAUGGAGUUAAUGGCUCUUCUGUCAUUGGUUUGGAAGAGUUUAUUAGUCAUGCAACGGUCCAGAACAAGAAUAGUUAAGACACUAGUCAGUAGUCACUAGGUGCAUGAAUGGGUUUGUGUAAGGAUCUAAUUGGGAAUCACAUAUUAGAAAAGUUAAUAACUAUGACCGGUGGUUAUACCACACAAGUGUUGUGGUAGAUGGACUAAUCUUUUUAUUAAGUGUUUUUUUCCUUCUAAAUUCAAGUUGACUUUUACAAAAAUCAUAUAG